AUGUCCCAAGAUCAAGAUCCUUAUUUCCAAUUCGAGCGGGACAUCAUUGGACCCCUCCGAAGUCCAGCACUUGAGCCAGUAAAUCCAGAAUACGGUCCCCGAGCCAGCCCUGCACCCCUUGUACCCGUCGAAGACCCAUCUUCUUCUGACUCCUCGGAUGUGGAGGACCCGAAAGUGGUACGACGUCAGGGGAAUUCUAGAAUACGGAAGAGUCGAGCCAACUGCACCUUUGCCGACGGCGUACUGAUUCUUUCCUUAGAUCCCAAUCAACGCAUACUAGCUAGCCAGGCACGGAAACGGCCGUUGGACUCGAGAAGUCAAUCAGCGGCAGAGGAAGAGGACGACGAGGAAGAAGGAGGAGGAGAAGGAGAAGGAGAAGGAGAAGGAGAACAGGAUGAAGAGCACGACGGCGAAGGCGACGAUAAUGGGGUUCAAGCUGGCCGCAGAGAGAUCAGAAGGGCGACAAGGGUGAUUCGGAAUGGACCAAACUGUGUGUCCAUAAAAACGAAGCCGGUGGCGCGGACGGCCUUGCACGCAGAUCCUAAUGGUCGGGACGACGACGACGACUUUCCUAUGAUUGAUAGUCCAGCCACUGUGGCUGAAGACGAACCAGGGCGGUCGCCCCCGCAGCCUACGCAUGAUAUGUACAAGCCCGAAGAGGCUCAAGCUUUCCAUGUUCCGACGAGGCAAGCAGCAGACCUGUCGAGAAAGCAGUUCGACACAAUCCCACCCCCAAGGACGCGGCCAUUGUUUUCAAACUUGCGGUUGAAUCUUGCUCCAGCCAUUCGUGAUGGCAAUCAUGUUGACGACUCAAUCCUCAAGUCACCCAUUCUGGGAAAGUAUGCGAUAUCGCCUCGCGAUGGACAUCCAGAUUUCACCUUGCCAGCGAUGCAACAGAGGUCCCCUCCACGUUCCUCGCCUGCAGCUCUACCGGGGUACAGGAUGACGCUACCGCCCCUGAAGAUCGCCAUUGGCGAUCUCCAUGACUCGAGCAUGGGGGGGUUUACCUGCCUAUCCCCGGGCGUGGCUAGGCCUUCACCGAGCCAGUUUGCAUCGUAUGCGUCUCCGGCUUCGUACACAGCAUAUUCCGCCAUGUCACCUCCGGAUCCGCCGUUGCAGAGUAACUGGCGGACAACGACUCGCGAUUCCAACACGUCGACAUUUUCGGACUAUACUUCGUCGACUUCCGUCUCCGUCUCGACCCCAGCCUCGUCCAUCAUCACGCCAUCUCCGGCAGCCUCGGGUCCCUCGUCGUUGACAGCUCUAGCUGAACAGGAUUUAGAGGACGGCGAGGGGGAGGAGAGCAGGAUGCAGCAAGUUCUCACCAAGGAGACUGACCUGAGAUCAUUCGCUGAAGUCCGGUCCAGACCUCAGCCCCAACCUGACUCGCGACCAAAACCUCGACCGAAACCUGCAGCUCGAUCGAAACUUCAACAACUCCAACGUCCAGCUCGAUCGAAACCCCGGCCUCCUCAACCUGCAGCAGAAUUAAAAGCUCGGCUUCAACCUGCCCUGGAACCUGCUCCGCAACCUUCAGCACGAUCAAAGGCUCAGCCACAACCUACCCUUGAGCCUCCUCCUCAACCUGCAGCUCGAUCGAAGCCUCAGUCCCAACCUGAUCUGGAACUUCCUCCUCGACCCGAAUCCCAAACCGAAGCCGAAUCCGCGGCUGGGUCUGAGACCGAAUCCGAACUCUCAGAACUCACCGAGCUGGAGUCUGAGCUUGGGUCCGAACCUGAGCCCGAGCAUCGAUCUAAACCGCAUACGAAACGCCCUUCUGUCUCUCAAUCGAAGUCUCAACCUGAAGCGUCCUCCGAUGCCGCAGCAUUAGCUCGGUUUUCACUUGGCCCCUACAAAUGCACGUUUGAAGGGUGUACUGCCGCACCGUUUCACACUCAAUAUUUGUUAAACAGCCAUAUGAACGUCCAUUCUAACACGCGGACUCAUUUCUGUCCUAUCAAGGAUUGUCCUCGCGGGCCUGGUGGUCUAGGCUUUAAGAGGAAGAAUGAGAUGAUCAGGUGA